UGUCGUAAAAAAAUCCCGGAGAAAAUGUCAUGAAGCGCGGUCGGUGGGGCUUGUGGCGGAGAUAGUGACUGAAUCUGGUUUUCAUUUAUAUGCCCUGUUCCUCAACAGCUGUUUCCCCUUCCUGCUCCAUGUGGGGUUUAAGCUGGGCUCUUGGCCUCUCCUCAUCUUAUUAUGGCUCGGAAAACAGUUAGUAGGAAGCGGAAAGCGGUAGCAGCCGUCUCCGCGGGGCCUGAGGGGCUACAGGGAGAGCAGUAUGGAUGGGAUCACUCAGUUCACAAAAGGAAAAGACUCUCCCUGGUGAAAAGGUCUCUGGUGUACUACCUGAAAGGUAGAGAAGUCAGGGUGCAGAAUGAGUCCAGCUAUCACCACUUGUUGCAUGGAUAUGCAGCCCAGCAGCUUCCCAGCCUCCUGAAGGAGAGAGAAUUUCCCCUCGGAACCCUUAAUAAAGUGUUUGUUUCCCAGUGGCUGAACCACCGACAAGUGGUGUGUGGGACAAAAUGCAACACAUUAUUUGUAGUGGAUGUCCAGACUGGUCAAAUUACCAAGAUUCCUGUUCUGAAAGAUCAUGAACCUGGAAUGGUGAAUCAGCAGGGAUGUGGUAUUCAUGCCAUUGAGCUCAACCCCUCAGGGACCCUGCUGGCCACAGGUGGAGACAACCCCAACAGUCUUGCAAUUUAUCAUCUGCCUACACUCGAUCCUGUCUGUGUGGGAGACGAUGGACAUAAGGACUGGAUAUUUUCAGUUGCAUGGAUCAGUGAUGCUAUGGCUGUUACUGGUUCCCAGGAUGGUUCGAUGGGUCUCUGGGAAGUCACAGAGGAUGUGUUGUCCAAAAGUGAUGCCAGGCAUAAUCUCUCUCAAGUUCCUGUCUAUGCUCACAUAACACAGGCUCUGAAGGAUAUCCCCAAGGAGAACACCAAUCCUGAUAACUGCAAAGUCCGAGCAUUGGCUUUCAACAAUAAGAACAAGGAGCUGGGAGCUGUGUCCCUAGAUGGGUAUUUUCAUCUUUGGAAAGCAGAGCACACACUAUCAAAGUUACUUUCCACAAAGUUGCCAUACUGCAGGGAGAAUGUGUGUUUGGCUUACAAGUCAGAGUGGUCAGUGUAUGCAGUAGGAUCACAGCACGUCUCCUUCCUGGAUCCCAGGCAGCCUUCUCACAAUGUUAAAUCAGUCUGUUCCAAAGAACGAGGCAGUGGUAUACGAUCAGCGAGCUUCUACGAGCACAUCAUCACAGUGGGAACAGGGCAAGGUUCCUUAUUGUUUUAUGAUAUCAGAGCCCAGAGGUUCCUGGAUGAAAAGCCCCUAUGUGCCUGCUAUGGACAGAAGCAGAAAUUGGGAGGAAGUGAAGUUUUGAAGUUGACUACUGGGAAAGGCUGGCUGAAUCAUGAUGAAACCUGGAGGAAUUAUUUUUCUGACAUAAAUUUCUUCCCAAAUGCUGUUUACACCCACUGCUAUGACUUGUCUGGAACAAAGCUCUUUGUGGCAGGAGGCCCCCUUCCGUCAGGACUUCAUGGGAAUUAUGCUGGUCUCUGGAGCUAAUGACACCUCUCUAAAUGCUGAUAUUUACACAGAUUUUCACUUCUUUCCCUUGUUUAACAGCUAAAUUGUAUUAUGCCAUUGAAUUCUGAUAUAAAUGCAAGCUAUUUUUUGGUGGAAUUUUCUGUUGGUCUCCAGCAAUCUUGUACAUCUUUUUGAACUAGCUUUUUGCUUUAACCUCCUUGAUCCUUUACGUGAAGGGUUUGUGAAAUCUUUUUUUUUUAUUGCAUUUACUCCAAAUGACUCUCUCCCCAUAUUCAGGCUAUCUUGGCCAUGUGCUCCCUCCCCUACAUUGCUGUGAGAUAGGAUUCCUUUAUUAUAGAGUGGUUGCUCAUGGGCUUUCUAUGAAAGCCUAGGGGCUGCGUGUCUGCAGAUAUUUUUGUCAGUUACAUUACCUGGAGUGAGGACUAUUUGUAAUUAAAAAAUAUUAAUAUUUAUAAAAAAUAAGCUACUACUUUAUCUGCAGAGCCUGGCCCUGGCCUGGGUUGAUCUUAUUUUAUAAAAAUAAAAGUCUAAUGACACUUUAUACGCAGAUGAAUAUGGUAAUUUUAAGCUGUACUCAUUGGAGCCUAGGGAUAGAUGCCCCAGAGGUACUGUACAUCAAGCCUGAAGUGCAGGAGUUCUCAGAAGUGCAUUUGUAUUUGAAUUAUAGUUUUCAGCAAUACCAGGAGCAAAAAUUGAUCUUCUGUUCCUUCUCUGCCUGUCCCAGGUAUCAGCUAUCAGCUUGCAGAACCAUAGUUUCUGUAGGCUGUUCUGCAGCAUGUCUGUUGCAGGGUGACAUGACAUUGAAGGCCUGCAGAGGUGCUGGGAGGAAAUGGGGCCUAGGGACAUGAGUGUUUUGUCAUUCAAAAUGAACCAAAUCUAUCAAUUUUCCAGAUGAGCCAAGGUGGAAAAAAGGUGGGGUUUUUAGAUGAAAAAACACACUUGUGGGUCAAGAUAAAGGUAGCUUAAUAGAACAAUACCAAAGGUCAUGCAUGUGGAAACAAAAGAAAACUAAAAGAUGUUAUUCUCUACUUCCCAUCAGCAGGUGACAUUUGGCCACUUCUUGGAAAGCAGGGCUUCAGUAAGUGUAGUGGUUGCUCCAGAAGACAAACGUAAAUAAUGAAUGUCCCCCCCCACCUCCUCCUUUCUCUUGGCUUUUAUUGCUGAGAUGUCAUAUGGUGUGGAAUGUCACAUUGGGUCAGCUGUCCUGUCUAUGUCCCCUCCCAAGACCUUGCUCACCCCCAGCCUACUGGUGAAGGGGCGAAUUUUGGAAUGACAGCCUUGAUGCUGUGUUAACACUGCUCAGCAGUAGCCACCUUUCUAGCUACCCAUACA